CAGGAAGCGGGCUUCCUAACCUAGCUGCCUUAGGCAGAUAAAAACUGAAAACCCCCCCGUAAUAUUUAACCAGCAUACAUAAUUAAUAACUAUUGUAAUUGUAAUUGACGCAUACUUUAAAUCUAAAUCUGCAAAUAGACUUUGAGAUAUCGCGCAUGAAUGCUUAUUCGAAAUCCGGCUUUUCGACAGUUAAUCACGACAGGAUGAGCGUGCCUUACUUCUUACUCGGUGGUGUUUCAACUGAGUGAAUCCCCUUUAAUUUCUGACCACUCGAUCAACAACCGAUCCAGGAUCAUCUUACACAGCUCAAAUACUAUUCAACCCCGUUUUGUGAAAAAUAUUGCGCUGAUCCGAGGAGCUGCAGAACCUAUAUUUUAACCUCGCGUCGGAGUACAAGGGAUCUGUUUGAGUCUGAGUGAAGACAGGAGUGCAUUGAUUUCAGAACUGAAGACGGAGGAGAAAUCAGGCUUUCUGAAUUCCAGAUUCAAGAACUGAAUCAUCGGGACCCAGAACAAUGGAAAUCGAGUACGUAACAGUAGGUCUCGACCCCCAAGUUACUGAAUACAUUGUAGAACAAGCUGAUGUAGAGUCCAGCUUCUCACCUUCCCAUGUGAAAACCGAACCUGACCAAGAUUCCUGUUUUAAUGAAAAAAAUGUUCAGAUGCCUUCUCCCGGUCUGGCUUCUGAACAAAUUAAAUUGGAGCCAGAUACAGGCGUCUUUGAUCACACACAUCUUUACUUGGAUCAAAACUCUUACCACACACAGGAAAUUUAUGUUGCUAAGGAGGAGCAACCCGCUGAAGUACUUUACCAGAUUAAAGGUGAAAUGGAAGAUUCGGACUCUGACGCGUCGGCAUGUGGCUGGUUCAGCGCUAAGGGGAAAAAACAAUUGAAAAAGCAGAAAAAAACCCAAACCAAUAAGAGGUUGAAACCUCAAACUACUCCGAUAAAGAUGAAACCCCUGACGGCCCCCGCAAAGAUGAAAAAUCAGAACGCUCCCGCAAAGAUGAAAAAUCAGACCGCUCCCGCAAAGAUGAAAUCUCAGACUCUUCCCACAAAGACAAAACCCCAGUCCGCUCCUACAAAGCUGGACCCUCAGGGUUCCCCCACCGAGGUAGGCCUGGGCAACAUCGGGCUUUUACUCGAGCACGGCGGGGUUCACGCCGGGUUCGAGUCGUACAUCUGCGCGGAAUGCGGGAAGAGUUUCCGUGGGAAGGAGGCCGUGCUGACGCACAUUCAGAGCCACGUGACGGACGGCUCGCACGCCUGCGUCCAGUGCAAGGCGGAAUUCCCCGAUUCCGGAAGCCUGCUUCGCCACGUGCAGUGCGAGCACAUACACAACGAAGAGUACCACUGCACCCUGUGCGGCAUGCGCUUCCAGGCGGUGAAAGCUUACGCCAGGCACAUGAGAGUUCACUCGGGUGACGACGUGUUCGUCUGCUCUGUCUGCGGGAAGAAUUUCCGCCAUAAGUCUAGUCUGUGGAGACAUCAGCAAACUCACAGGCUUGAGGAGGAGGAGGACUCCGUAAACCCGUCUGGUGGUUAUACUAGCAGUAGUAGUACCAGUAGUAACAGCAGUAGCAGUAGUAGCACUAGCAGCAGUAGCAGUAGCAGUAGCACAAGUAAUAGUAGUAGCAGAACAAUUCCAUCACCAGUUCCGGCACCUAAACUUGUUAUAUAUGAGCAAAAGGCUGCACCUAAAUCGUUCUUGUGUGUCGAAUGUGGGAAGAGAUUUAAUCAUUCCUCCAGCCUCUCGCGACACAAGCAGACUCACCAGGAGGACAAGAAGGUUGUGUACAGCCCCCCGCCAGAAAUGAAACACCUCCCCAAGCCGUCAGUGCAGCGGGAAAAGCCCUUCACGUGCCCGCACUGCGACAAGCAUUUUGUCCACUCGUCGAGCCUCUGCAGACACGUGCAGACCCACGAACACAGGCCGUACCAGUGCUCCACGUGCCGCAAAAGCUUCCUGACGCCGGCCGCCCUCAGCAGCCACCGGAGGUGUCACCAAGCCAGCAGGAACCGCCAGGAGGGGAAAGUGUAUUCAUGUUUUGAGUGCGGUAAAACGUUCAGUCACUCUUCAAGCCUGUCCAGACACCGUCAUACUCAUACUUUGUGAGUGCCGGCGCCCCAGAAAUCUGCGUCAGCAGUUUCUUUACCCGGUCUGCAGAAGGUGCCGGCUAAUUCACGAUUCAGAGAUUACACUUGUAGUGCUUGAUGUUGUUCUUGGAAAGACAGCGAACUCAGACAGUCUUUAUUUUCAGCUUUUCAGUCUUCAGUGGAUUUAAUUCCUUCAUUCACAGAAAUUAGUGGUAAAACCGUAACAAGCUGGACAAUAUGUAAAGGAAUUUGACUUGGAAAAAAAAAAAAACUACCCUUAAAUGUAACACAGUGCUUGGUUCUGUUAUAGUGGUCAUGCUUGGUGUCAGUUAAAAAUGUAUGCUUAAUCUUUAUUAAGGAGACAUCUCUAUUAUUAAACUUAAGUUAAAUACAUAUACAGUACUGUGCAAAAGUCUUACCCUAGAUCUUUGUAAUAUAUAUUGGUUUUAGAUAUUUUAAUAUAUAUGUUUUUGUUUUCUGUAUUAGUGUGUCAGUAGAAAGCAGCAAAUUAUAGAUUUCCAAACAUUUCCAUAACAUUUUCUUAAAUAAAGUAACAUUUUAAUUUAUAGACCACUUUUCCGAUAAAAUUGUGUCGAAGAGAACUGAAGGCGAAGGAUGCUCACAAAAAUAUCGAUUUGAUUUAGCUUUUAACUGUUCACUCCUCUUUAUAAUAAAUGUUUCAAUAUUUAAUUAUUUUUCAUUAUUUGUGAAGCCAUCUUUGCUGUUUUUUACUUGUGCCUAAGACUUAUGCACAGUACAGUAUAUAGCUAAGUGCUCAGUAUUUGCUACUGUCCUGAUUUCCUCUAUUAUUGAAUAUUUGUCACACUGAAUGGUUUCAGAGCUUCAGCCAAAAUGUAAUAUUGGACAAAGGGAAUCUGAUUAAAUACAAAUCAUGAAAGAAAGUCAAACAUUUCCUCUGGAAAAAGUAAUUGUCCCCUUAAACUUAACUGGUUGCACUAACUUUAGCAGCAAUCAUUUUAACCAAACACUUCCUAUAAUUUGAUAUCAGCCCUUCACAUCACUGUGGAGGAAUUUUUAGCCCAAUCUUUGCAGAAUUGCUUUAAUUUUGGAAAUUGUUAGGAUUGCAAGCCUGAGCUGCUCAUUUCAGGUCCUGCCACAGCAUCACUUUUGGGUUCAAGUAAGGACUUUGACUAGGACACUCCAAAACUUUAAUUUUGUUUACGGCCAUUCAGAUGUUGAAUUGCCUUUGGGUUUUGGAUCAGUGACUUGCUGCAUAACCCAAUUCCUCAGCUUCAGCUCACAGACAGAUGCCCAUGCAUUCUUCUUAGUAAUUUCCUGGUACAGAGCAGAAUUCAUGGUUCCUUCAACAAUGGAACGUCCAGGUCCUGGUCCUGAGGCAGCAAAGCGUCCCACCAUCAUACUACCACCACCAUAUUUGACUGUUGGUAUAUUACUUUGAAAUUAUUCUUUCUUGUUUACAGUAGACAUAAUAGGAGCUAUGUCCAUUGAAUAUUAUCUCAACUGGCCUGCAGUUCAAUAGAUGCUUUUCUGGGAUCUAUUGUGGCUUCCUGGAGGUGUUGCUGUGCCCUUGGAGAAAUUUUGGCAGGCUAGCUACUCCUGGGAAGAUUCACCACUGUUCCAAGUGUUCUCCAUUUGGAGACGAUUGCUCUCGCUGUGUUUCGGUGGAGUUCCAUAGCCUCGGGAGUGACCUAGUCAAAGUCUUCACUUGAACCCAGUAAAGAUUCUGUGGCAUUUCUGUUUAUAAAGAUUAAGGGGGCAAUUUUUCACAGAGUUGAUUUGGGUGUUACAGCAAUCGUUGUUGUAUAAAUUAAUUAAAUGGUAAAAAUCAGGUUCCCUUUUGCCUAGCAUUACAUUGGGUCUAAAGAUCUGUGACAAAUUCAGUAUUCACUGACAAAUAUUCAGUAAUGGAGAAAAUCAGGAAGGGGGAAAUACUUAUUCAUGGCACUGUAUGUAACUAAACAAGGGCUAUUAACCACUAUGCAGUGGCUGAUCAUUGCAUAACUUGUGCAAUUAAGGGCUAGGGUUGGUAUAAUGUUAUAUUUUGGAUCAGGUAAAAUGAAGGGUUGAACUGACGGCAAGUUGAGCUCAAGAUUUGCUUGUCGUUCAAAGUCUUUGGGAACUGUAGUUCUUGAUGAGUCACCAUCUUGGAAUGUAGUCCAUAGAAACAGCCAGCACAAACGGCCCUAUAUUCUGUCAAAGCAUGUCCAGUAUUUUGUUCCAUUUGGUUUUAUGAAACACUAAUUGACCUAAAAUAAUUAUAAUUAAACAUACCUCUGAGUCCGCUCAGUAAAGUGAAGAUCCAAUUUAUUGAAUUGAAAGUCAGAAAAAGAACAGUAGCUGUGUUGCUGUUGAAUAUACUUUCCCUCCUGCUGUCCCUCUUUACAUUUUUUUUUUUGUUUUUUUGGUGAAAGUUGUAUUUUGGUGACAUUCAGUGCUUCAGUUGCAGGUUAUAAUUUACUGCUUAAGGGCAGAAUUCAUUUUUGGAUCCUCUGUAAAUGCAGUACAGAAAUGUGUCACGAGAUGGCAGCAGCACACCAAGCAAACGGGAAUGACCUUUCAUGAGGACAUCAGGAGGUGAAAAGCGUUAGCAUUAUAUUAAAAAAGUGUUGUAAAAUAGAAUAUAGCUGUAUCUUAAUCAGUAGUUAACAUGCUUAGUUAAACAGGCAUAUUAUUCAUCCUUUAGAUAAUUGUCCUUAGUUUUUAACUUGGUUCGACUGUACUUUUUUUUUUUGUAUGAAAGAUUCUCAGAAGUGUAGCAAAAUAAAAGAAGAUGGCUGCAUCGUAA